AUGCCCAAUAGUGACUCGCCCAGCGAUACUGAGGCCAACAGGCCUCUCGGCAACGACGAAAGUGACGAUGAGAGUGACUUCUCCGCAGAGGCACCCCCACCGCCCUUCGACUACAACCAGUGCAUCGCUGCUAUGGAAGGAAAAGCGAUUCCAGACAAUCUCCAUUCUCUAACCGCACGAUAUUCUCUCAUUCGAGGCAUCCGCUGCCACUAUGACUUGGCGACAAGCCCAGGAAUCUUGGAACUGGCUUCCAGCGGCGAAGAAUUCGCGCCUGAGAUUGGCCGGGCGCACAACGCUCGGCUGAUCAUGAGUAAUGUAAUCCCAGAUGGACUACAUGAUGCGAACACUCGGCCGUACUGCAUUUGGAAUCCAGACUUUGCAGACGAGGAUACUUACCGGAAGCUGGCGUGUCGCUUUCCUGACAUGCGUUACCAAGUUGGCCGGGCCUGUGCUGCUGCUAGCUAUGUUACUCUCUACAAGGAACUCGGUUUGCUACCUGAUGUUUCCAGAGCUAAGGAGGCACGAGAGAGCAACACUGACGGAGGUCGCGAGAUCUUUGCGAUUAUUAUGGGUUCGCCCGCAAAAUAUGCUGUCAUGGAUGACUUUGAUCGCUCCAUUAAUACCGACAAUCCACGGGCACCGGCAUUUCUGAAUGGCGACACGGCUGUUCGGUGGACUCUUCAGGGCCGAUACAGGCCGCCAGGAAAUGGAAAAGAGGUCUUUCCCUACGAGGGAAACGUCGAUCGAUACGCUCGGCUGAUGCGCCAGUCAAUGACCUGGACGGGGUUGCUGUGUGUUGUCCGGGGCAUUUACCAUCACACCAUGUUUGCUCGAUGGUGGGCCGAUCAGCUGGAGACAAAUCCUAGGCGUCUCAUCCUGUCAGGCAAACCCUCUAGCGAUCAAGACCUGAUCUGGCGAAUUUCAACAGCCAUUAACGCCCGUCGUAUCAUGAUCAAUGAUAUCACAGGCUUCAACAAUGACACGAACUAUCUGCCAUAUCUCAUCUGGUGGCCCCUCAAGCCUGACAGGAAUUCUCUUUCUAAACUAGCUGAAGAUUGUCCGAAAAUGAAAGAGCAGAUUGCUAUUGCCUGUAUAUUUUGUGACUACGAAUGGCAAUACCGCAAGCUUGAUGCCAACAGUAAUAUGCGAUUGGCCGCGCAGAACUGUUCAAAUCCUUUCUAUCUAGCAGAUGUGGAGAGACGUGCAGCUGAACAAGGAAUUGAUAUCACCCUAGGGCACCGUGACUGGGACGGUGAAACAGACGCUGUGGCCACAGACCUGGAGCCCACUACAGAAUCACUAUAUGCACCUCUGCAUGCAGGUCUUAUGGAUGACAACGGGAACCUGUGUGGGACCUACUUUGCUCAAAUGCCAGAGUCAGGCUUGGUAGAGAGGUUUAAGAAAAUGAGGAUUGACAUCUUGAGAGUUGCACUUCGUUAUGUAUAG